AUGAAGGUGUUCGCUGUGUUUGCCCUGUUGGUGGCUGUGGCUUCGGCGAUUCCUCAGGAAGGCUACAACUACCAGGCACCAGGAGGUCAGGGAUCUCAGUUCCCUACCGGAGGAGGACAGGCACAGUACCCCUCCGUGCCCGCCCAGUAUUCCUUCCAGUGGGAUGUGAACCAUGAACCUUCAGGGAACUUCUACGGCCACAAAGAGCAGAGGGAAGACGCCAACACUCAGGGGAGUUACUACGUCCAGCUGCCCGAUGGUCGCCGUCUUCUGGUCGAGUAUUACGUGGACGCCACCGGUUACCAUCCCACCGUCACCUUCGAGGGAGAGGCGCAGUAUCCUUCAGGAGGGAAUCGGGGAUACGGCCAGUCCGGCCAGGGAUCGAGCCAGGGUUCUCCCUCACAAUCGUAUGGAACCCCAACUAAAUAG